AUGGUGGACGUGGCACUGGCCGGCUUACGGUGGGUGGUAUCGCCAAUUGUCAAGAAGCUCCUCGCUGAAGCUUCAACCUACCUCAGGAUUGACAUGGCGCAGGAGCUCCAAGAACUGGAGACCACCGUCCUGCCACAGUUUGACCUGGUGAUUGAAGCAGCAGAGAAGAGUCCCCAUAGGGACAAGCUGAAGGCAUGGCUCCAGCAGCUCAAAGAAGCCUUCUAUGACUCCGAGGACCUGUUGGACGAGCACGAGUACAACCUCCUCAAGCGCAAAGCGAAGAGUGGGAAGGACUCCGUACUGGGGGAGGAUGCCUCAUCCAUGAAAUCAACUAUUGUAAAGCCUUUUCAAGCUGCAACGAGCAGGGCUCGCAACUUGCUCCCUGACAACAGAAGGCUAAUUCACAAACUUCAUGAACUGAAGGACAUCUUGGCGAAAGCCAAGGAUUUCCGUGAGCUUCUUGGCUUGCCAGCUGCUAUCCCUGCUGUACCAACAACUGCUACUCCUCCCACAACGACAUCACUUCCCACUUCAAAGGUGUUCGGUCGUGACCAAGAUCGUGAUCAUGUAGUGAUAUUCUUCUCAACAAGUCGACAGCUCCUGAGGCAAGUUCAUCUAGUUUUCAGGUUUGGCUAUUAUUGGAGCUGGAGGCAUGGGGAAAUCUACCUUGGCACAGAAUCUGACAAUGAGACAGAAUGGGAGCAACUUGUAGCUCCUCUAAUUUCUCAGCAGGCGGGAAGCAAAGUGUUGAUAACUUCUCGACGGGACACACUCCCUGCUGCUCUUUGCUGUAAGCAAGUCAUUCGUUUGGGUAACAUGGAAGAUGCUGAGUUCUUGGCACUCUUCAAACACCAUACCUUCUCUGGAGUAGAAAUUGAAGAUCAGCUGUUGCGGCUGAAGCUAGAACAGACUGCAGAGAAGAUUGCUAAAAGGCUUGGACAUUCUCCACUGGCAGCAAAAGUUCUGGGUUCCCGGUUGAGCAGGAAAAAGGAUGUGAGUGAAUGGAAUGCUACUCUAAAGAUUGACAAUUUAAGCGAGCCCAGGAGAGCUCUGUUGUGGAGUUACGAGAAGUUAGAUCCACUUACGCAGAGGUGCUUUCAGUAUCGCAGCUUAUUUCCGAAAGGCCACAAGUAUAACAUUGACGAGAUGGUUCAUCUUUGGGUUGCAGAGGGCCUCGUUGAUUCAUACAAACUGAGUAGGAGAAUGGAGGAUGUUGCAACUGAAUACUUCAAUGAGAUGGUCUGUGGAUCUUUCUUUCAGUUGGUUUCUGAAAGAUAUAUUGGUCCAUGGUAUAUCAUGCACGAUCUCCUUCAUGAUUUGGCAGUCUCACUGGCUAGAGAAGACUGCUUCAGAUUAGAAGAUGAUAAGGUGACAGAAAUACCAUGGACUAUUCGACAUCUAUCCAUUCGUGUUGAGAGUAUGGAAAAGCAUAGACAAAUUAUCCACAAGCUACAUCAUUUACGUACUGUUAUCUGCAUCGAUCCACUGAUCGAUGAUGCAAGUGAUCUUUUUUAUAAGAUACUGCAGCAUAUGGAGAAGUUGUGUGUAUUAUAUUUGUCAUUUUACAACAGCAGCAAGUUGCCUGAAUCUGUUGGCAAGCUUACUUCGCUCCAACACCUGCAUGAAUUUUCUGUGCAUAAGAAGAAGGGAUAUGAGUUGCGACAGCUGAAGGACUUGAAUGAACUUGCUGGUUGUUUGACAAUAAAAAAUCUUGAGAAUAUCACCGGAAAGGGCGAAGCCUUGGAGUCGAAGCUAUAUCAGAAAAAUCGUCUCAAAGAGUUGCAGCUUGUCUGGAGUGGCGAGAAUGAUAUGGAUGCAGAAGAUAGUUUACACUUGGAUAUUCUAGAAGGUCUGAAACCACCGCCUCAACUGAGUGGCCUCGCAGUCAAUGGUUACAAAUCUGGCUCAUAUCCAAGCUGGCUUCAUGAGCAUUCCUACUUUGAGAGUUUGGAGUCUUUCGAGCUUGCUAAUUGUAGUGUGUUAGAAGGCCUACCACUUGAUUCCGAGCUCCUUUGGCAUUGCUCUAAUCUGACGAUUGACAACGUUCCGAAUUUUAAGACUUUAUCCUGUCUUCCAGCCGGCCUUACAAGCUUAUCAAUUAGCAGGUGCCCGCUGCUCAUGUUUAUCACCAAAAAGGAGCUGGAACAGCAUGAUCUGAGGAAAAACAUAAUUACCGACUACCUGGCAUCUAAACUUGCAUCGCCAUGGGAGGUGGAUUCAGGGUCAUGUAUUAGGAGUGUACUAUUAGAAGAACAUUCAUCCCUGAAGCAGUUGGUGACAUUGAUCGAUGAUGACAUAUCAAAACAUCUCCGAAUUAUAAAAAUGGAUCCUCGACAUGAAAAGAGAGAUGAAUUAUUUGUGAAAGAAGAUACCAUCAGGGCAUGGCUAUGUUGCCAUGAACAGAGGAUGAGGCUCAUUUAUGGAAGGAGCAUUGCACUGCCACUGGUUCCAGCAUCAGGGCUUCGGUGUCUUGGGCUUGACUCAUGCAGUAUUACAGAUGGAGCUUUAGCUGCUUGCCUUGGUGGCCUGGCUUCAUUGGAAACCUUGGCUUUAGAUAAGAUUAUGACUUUAACUGCGCUUCCGUCAGAAGAGGUAUUUAAGCAUUUGACAAAGCUUGACUGCUUGUCCAUCUCAUCUUGUUGGUGUCUCCGAUCAUUAGGUGGCUUAAGAGCUGCUGCAUCUCUCUUAGAGUCUAGAUUUUAUUUCUGCCCUUGUUUAGAGCUGGCACGUGGAGCAGAAUUUUUACCGCUGUCCCUUGUUGAGCUCUUCAUAUGUGGUUGUAUGCUUGCAGCUGAUUCAUUCAGUAAUGGCUUGCCACAACUGAAAGACCUUAGUAUGUUUUGUUGCAGAAGCUCCCCUUCCUUGUCGAUUGCCCAUCUGACCUCACUUAAAACAUUGUCACUAGGUCAUUUCCCCGAUCUGUGCUUUCUUAAAGGCUUGUCUUCCCUGUAUCUCCAGAACUUACAUUUGACAGAGGUUCGAAACCUCUCUGUUGAGUUCAUCUCACAGUUCCGUGUCCAGGAAUCACUCACCGUUAGUAGCAUCGAAUUGCUAAACCACAUGCUCAUGGCAGAAGAUUUUACAAUCCCAUUGUCUCUUUCUCUUCAAGAUUGCAAGGAAUCAUCAGUUACGUUUGAACAGUCUGCAAGUUUCUCAUCUGUCAAGCAUCUGAGAUUAUGCGAUAGUGAAAUGAAGUACCUACCAAAAAACCUGAAGUGUCUGUCUAGUUUGAAGAAUCUCGAUAUCCAUGCCUGCCCCAAUAUAUCGUCGUUACCAGAUCUGCCAUCCACCCUUCAGCGCAUGACAUAUGGGACUGUGAACUCCUGA